AUGGAUGGUGCCGGCGACGCCCCAGGACGAAAUGGUUGUGUUGAAUUCAAUGGAUAUUACACCAAUCUGUUGAAUGAUGGAUUAGAGGGACAUCAAGUGGAUGGAAUGAGUAACAGUCCCGACGAAGAACAAUCACCAAAUUUGCAAGGAAACAAAGGGAGAACGAAAAAAUUUGAGAAGAAUGAGGAUGUAUUAUUGGUGGAUUCAUGGCUUAACAUUAGUAUGGACCCGGUGCAAGGAAACAAUCAGAAAAGGACCACAUACUGGAAUAGGAUUCAUGCUUACUUCCACGAGAACAAAGACUUCUCCUCUAGUCGCAAUGCGAACUCUCUAAUGCAUCGUUGGAGUGUUAUUCAAGAGCAUGUUAACAAGUUCGUAGGAUGUAUUGCCCAGCUCGAGGCUAGGAAGCAAAGUGGAACGACAAUUGAGCAAAGACUUGUGGAAGCAAAAACUUUGUUCGAGUCACAAGAAAAAAAGGAGUUUAAAUUCCUUCAUUGCUGGUCCAUAUUGCGUAAUCACCCCAAGUGGUUACAGCAGCAAGCUUCCAAAGAGAAGUCAUCUCAGAAAAAAAAGAAGGUUGUUGAAGAUGCAACUCCAGGUGAUUCUACUAGCAAGCAUGUAGAUGAUGAAGAGGCUGCAGGUAAUGAAGAUGGAGUUCCAAAGAGACCACCGGGUAAGAAGAGGGCGAAAGAAGCACUACGUAAAGGUGGAGAUCGUGCAUACAGUGAUGCUUUAGCUUCUUUUUGGGCCAAGAAACAAGAGUAUGAAGCUGAAAAAGAGCGAAAGAAAGAGGAGAGGUAUAAAGAAGCUUUUGCACUAGAACAAGACCGAAUUGCACUGAAGAAGAAGCAGGUUGAGUUCAAUAUAACCAACAAGGAAGACAAGAUCAUGAGCAUGGAUCUUACUGCAUUGACAUACGAUCAGCAAAUCUACUUCAGUAACCGCCAGAAGGAAAUCGCUGCUCGUUCCAUGCCUCAGGUUGAGAGAUGA